CAGUGAUUUUUUUCGCCGGGCGACUGCAGCGAUGUUUCAACCUGCUAUUGACCUCGGUGUCACAGUGACAGGAAUUCUCUCGUUUUCAAUUUUGCAUGCCGCUUUUACCAUGUCCGAUCUCUUCGUGGCACUGGACUAUUUCAAGGAGAUGAUCGCACCACAGGAAAUUUUGAUCCCUCAACGUCAAGUUGAUCAACAGAGGCGUUUUGAUGAUCAGUUGCUUCAAACGCGGCUUCGCAUGCUCAGCUUUUUCAACAAAGUUGGGCUCCAUUUGGCGUUCCUGUUUGCUGUUACAGCACUUUGGAGGCUGAUGCAGCAUCCAAGCUAUGAACCCUUCUCUGAGUUGAUAGCCUCAUUGAUUGGAUAUUUUGGACAUAUCUUUACGGAAGGGAACGUGACAACGAAUCGUCAUUUCCGAUAUGUCACAUUCACAUUCGGCUGCUGUCAUUUCCUGUAUUCGAUGGGCGUUGCCUUGGAGACGAAUUUAGUGGUGUUUUUGUGUCAAGAGAAGCUCCUCGUCGUGUUCCUGUUUCUUCUGGCUGUUGUUCUGAUCGAUUUGAAGGUGAUUUUGACGUUGUACAUUAGCGAAUCUGUAGUCUUCACCCUCAGAUUCUGGUUCCUCAUUGGCUUUGAGAAACUAACUCCCAUCAUCACUUUCUCAACUCUGACCAGUCACUUUGUGGUGGCAAUAACUCUUGUGCUCGUUAUCCACAACAUUCGAUCUAACAUCGCUGCCAGACAAAAUUCUGGCAGCGCAUCCUCCUUGAUGUUGGGAUUUCGACACGUCCUGCGUGGAGUCUGCGAUGGUGAUUUCCUCUUGGAUCGAAGCAGCUGUUAUAUCCUGGAUGAUGCCAGCUGCUUGGAGCGGCUGUUGAAGUCCAAGAAGAAGCUGUCUGAGAGCAACUUCCUGGACCUCUUCCUGGAUCCGGAAAGCCGUUUGAAUUUUUUGAAUUUCCUACAUGCACAAGAUCCGUCUGAGAUGAGCACCCCAGGUAUACCACGAGGCUUGAGGGUUUCACUGCAGGGAGCAGAUGGUCCCGUUUCGUUGGAUCUCUUCCACACCAGGAUUCCCAGUCAGGACUCGGCCGACUAUUGUUUGUUGGCCAUGAAAGAGGAUCCAGAACAAAAGCCACCACCCGACGCAUCAGAAGCCGGAGCCAGAGCACUUCCAAGAAAUUUUGCCUCGACAGCUCCCUCUUGUACGCGAAGCUCAGAGACGGAAAUUGUGGAUACCUGUGAAGAGCUCAUGGAAAUUGCUUUGUUGUUUACCAAUGAGACUGGACUUCUGGAUGUCAAGGAAGUUCGUUUAAGCUUCCAUCGUCAAUCAUGGGCACCCACCAUCGAAUCAGGCAUGCCAACCCUGCGCAGAUUUAUCCGGCCGACCGAUUGGGAUAGGAUUGAAACAAUGAUUCAAAAUGUCAUCAACCUUCCCCCAUCCGAAAUUGAACGCCGGUGCUACUUUCGCCAUCCAAUGCUCUUUCGCGUGCCCGGGGCCUCUCGGAGCUACAUGUGUUCCAGGCAAACUUAUAUCACCUUGCACUGCCCUCAAGUGAUGGACGACCCAGAGAGGCCGAUUUUUUUCCGGAUGCAUUUGUCAUCAUUUGAUGCAAAUCACAUAGCUCGCCCCAGAGAACAAGAGUUGGACGGCAUCGAGGAAUCCGUUGAGGAAGAAGGAGGCAUUGCGGAAGGACAGACAACAGACGAUGAAACAGGUUUUAAUUUGAUGACAGAUAUCACAGAUGACGACCAAAUGACGACCAGUGGCUAGGCGACAAAGAGCGUCCGUAGCAUCGAAGCGCUUCGAUGGCGCAACUGAGCGCAUGCAGAAAAGAAAA